ACACACACACACACUACUAUAACCGCCAUAACUUUACGGGCGCACUGUCGUAGUGGAAUGGUGUAGCGCGUUCAAACUUUACAGACUUGUGGCAGUCUAGAUAAUUUCGAGUUUCGAUAACGAAGGGGACCAAAACAUGGAAGCUAUUCCAGAACAGGAUGAUGCUCGACCGGUAUUAGAAUCGGAGGAUAUGGCUGUCGAGACGGCCGAAGAUGAGAGCGACGGAAACACAGUUUUUCUGCGUGCAGCAAGGGACGGGAACCUUCAGGAUGUCCUAGAAUACCUGAAGGGCAGCACCGACAUCAACACCAGUAACCCGAAUGGGUUGAAUGCAUUACAUCUGGCUUCGAAAGAGGGACACAUAAACAUCGUAACUGAGCUCCUGAAACGCGGAGCCAAUGUUGAAGCAGCUACAAAGAAAGGAAAUACAGCUCUCCACAUCUCAUCCUUGGCAGGCCAUGAGGAAAUCGUCAAGCUUCUCGUUGAAAAUGGGGCCAAAGUCAACGUUCAAGCUCAGAUGGGUUUCACUCCUCUGUACAUGGCAGCACAAGAGGGUCACUCAGAAGUGGUCAAGUUUCUGCUGGCUAGUGGAGCAAACCAGAGUCUGGCCACAGCUGAUGGAUUCACUCCUUUGGCUGUAGCUCUUCAGCAGGGACAUGAACGGGUUGUAAGCUGCCUUCUAGAGCAUGACACAAAAGGGCGUGUCCGUCUGCCAGCAUUGCACAUCGCAGCAAAGAAGGAUGACAUAAAAUCGGCAGCCCUUCUCCUUCAGAAUGAACAGAACAACGUAGACUCCCAAACUAAGAGUGGAUUCACUCCCUUGCACAUUGCUGCUCACUAUGGCAACAUAAAUGUGGGCUCACUUCUCAUCUCCAAAGGAGCAGACGUCAACUACAAGGCCAAGAACAACAUCACACCCCUCCAUGUGUCAUCACGAUGGGGCAAGGACAAGAUGGUUAUCUUACUGCUGGACAACAAAGCUUCCAUUGACGAACGGACAAGGGAUGGACUGACUCCACUCCACUGUGCGGCCAGAAGUGGGCAUGAGAAUGUGGUGGACCUUCUCCUAGAGAGGGGAGCGCCCUUCUCAAGUAAAACUAAGAAUGGCCUGACCCCUCUACACAUGGCUGCCCAGGGUGACCAUAUGGACUGUGCUCGCCUUCUUCUCUACCACAGGGCACCAGUCGAUGAUGUCACAGUAGACUAUCUGACUCCACUACAUGUGGCAGCUCACUGUGGAAAUGUGAAGACAGCUAAACUUCUACUGGACAGGAAGUGCGAUCCUAACACUAGGGCUUUGAAUGGAUUUACACCACUCCAUAUUGCCUGUAAGAAGAACAGGAUUAAGGUUGUGGAGCUCCUUCUAAAGUUUGGUGCCAACAUAGAGGCAACUACAGAGUCUGGCCUUACUCCUCUUCACGUGGCUUCAUUUAUGGGUCACAUGAACAUUGUGAUCUACCUGAUCCAGAACAAUGCCAACCCAGACUUCACCACUGUACGAGGGGAGACUGCACUUCAUCUGGCCGCUCGCGCAAAUCAGACAGAUAUCAUACGGAUCCUCCUGCGUAAUGGCGCCAGCGUUGACGCACGUGCUAGGGAACAGCAGACACCUUUACAUAUUGCGGCCAGACUUGGGAACGUUGACAAUGUGACACUACUCCUCCAGCACGGUGCAUCACCGGAUGCUGUCACCAAGGAUCUGUACACACCACUCCACAUCGCCUCCAAAGAGGGGCACGAAGAGGUCGCAUCUGUUCUUUUGGAGCAAGGAGCUACACAUAGUCUCACCACCAAGAAAGGGUUCACACCUCUGCACAUUGCCUCCAAGUAUGGCAAUAUCAAAGUGGCACGCCUGUUGCUGCAGAAGGAUGCCAACCCUGAUGUCCAAGGCAAGAAUGGCUUGACACCCCUGCAUGUGGCUACUCACUACAACCACGUCAGUGUGGCACUUCUACUACUUGACAACAAGGCGUCACCACACAGCAGUGCCAAGAAUGGAUACACGCCACUACACAUUGCUGCCAAGAAGAACCAGAUGGACAUUGCCACGACACUAUUGGAGUUCAGUGCCAACCCUGAUGCAGAAUCUAAGAAUGGGUUCACACCUCUUCACCUGGCAGCCCAGGAAGGUCACACAGAUAUGGUCUCUCUACUACUGGAACAGAAGGCCAAGGUCAACUCCAAGGCCCAUAAUGGUUUGACCCCCAUGCACUUGGCUGCACAAGAAGACAAGGUCAACAUUGCUGAAGUGCUGGUCAAGUAUGGGUCAAACACUGACCCCCAGACAAAGGCCGGCUAUACUCCUUUACACACAGCCUGCCAUUUUGGACAAAUCAACAUGGUUCGCUUCCUGUUAGACCAAGGUGCAUCAGUGAGCGCAACCACUAAGCUCGGAUACACUCCACUUCACCAGGCAGCCCAACAAGGGCAUGUACAGGUCGUAAACCUUCUCCUGAAAAACAAGGCCUCACCAAACGCUGUUACCAAUAAUCACCAAACGGCUUUGUCCAUUGCCCAACGACUAGGAUACCUGUCUGUUGUUGACACACUGAGCACUGUCACUGAGGUGACAGAAACUGUGCCUGCUUCAGAGGACAAGUACAAGGUCGUGUCCCCGGAAACCAUGCAAGAUACCUUGUUAUCAGACUCAGAAGAUGAAGGAGGAGAUGACUUUUUGCCACAAUCACCCUUGUUUGGAAAGCCUCUCUCUGAAACUCACGUCUAUCUUCCAUACUAUGAAGGAAGCAAAAUACGUUCUCGUGAAGAUAGCAUCUCCCUGGAGCGAGGAGAAAGCACUUCACCAUUGGACACUUCUUAUGAAAAGGACAUUCUGCGCCACCCCGUGAAUGAGGACCAGCGACGUCGUAUCACGAGCGAGAUUAGCUCAGCCAUGAGGUACCCCUCCUAUUUAGAGCGAGGCCCCGAUUAUGAGGCUGAGAUGAGGUACUAUAGCGGGGACACUCUCUCACCACAUGGACGGGAUGUUUCUGGGCGAGGCGACAGUGUUUUUGGGGGAGAGUACUCCACGCUCGACCGUUUGUCCGUGGGCAAGUCCCACGAUUCAUCUUUUGUCUCCCAAACUGAUGGCAAGUCACGCAUCACUGAAGAAAGUAGCGAACUUGAAUAUGGUGACGAUUUCGAUGAUUCGAUAAAAAAGAGCACGAGCACUGUUCAAUAUGCGGAGGAUUUCUAUUUGCGGAAAUCUGUACGUUACGGCAAAGAUCAAGCUCGUAAUAGACGUGUGUACCCAGGUUCUGCAUACCGCUCCCAUCCCGACAGAGCGGCUGGGUACGCUGAGUCUGUCAGUAUCAAUAGCAUUGAUCUGAAUGAGGAAUUUAAAUUCCUGCCUGACGACUCUGUUGCUAGGGAAGAUUCUGAACCACAUACUCCCUUAGAGGACUACAUGGAAGCCCAGAUGAUGUCACAGUCGUACUCCCAAUACUCGUCAGCUCCUCCUGACAACCGCCUACUCACUGGCACCUCCAAAAUGGAAAGUUCACGCUUCAGUUCCUACAGUGGAUCGUCAUUCAACGCCAGCUAUGACCCGGACAAUGUUGCCAUCGAUCGCACUCCGACUUACUCUGGCAAACUGAAAUGGAAAAGUUUCCUCAUAAGCUUCAUGGUGGACGCCCGUGGGGGUGCCAUGAGGGGGCGUCGACACUCUGGGGUACGGAUCAUCAUCCCCCCUAGAAAAGCCUCCAUGCCCACCCGUGUCACCUGUCGCCUGAUCAAGAAGGACAAACUAAUGCACCCCAUCCCCCUCAAUGAAGGCGAGGCCCUCGCUGCCAGGAUUCUGGAGAUGGGACCUGUAGCUACCAAGUUCCUUGGACGUAUCGUGAUUGAGAUCCCACACUUCGCUUCGCUGAGAGGAAAGGAACGAGAGAUCAAGAUUCUGAGGAGUGACAACGGAGAGAAAUGGGAAGAGCACCCCAUCCUAGCAACAGAUGAUGCAGUCAACAAGGCUCUGAAUGAGAGCCUCGAAGACCUGGAACAUGAGGAUGACUUGGCAAACAAACGCAUCACACGUAUCCUGACAGACGACUUCCCACGGUACUUCGCACUGGUAACAAGGGUUCGGGAGGAACGACAGAGCGUGGGAGAAGAAGGUGGAGUGAUCAGCUCCACAGUCGUGCCUCAGGUUCAAGCUGUUUUCCCUGAGGGCGCUCUAACCAAGAAAAUUCGUGUUGGCUUACAGGCACAGCCAAUCAGCCCUGAUCUUGUUGCCAAGUUACUUGGUAACCGUGUGGCCGUUAGUCCUAUCGUGACUGUGGAACCAAGGCGACGUAAAUUUCACAAGACCAUCACCCUGACGAUCCCGGUCCCGAAAGCACAACAAAAAGGAAUGAUAAAUCCACAUCGUGAUGACCUCCCAAGUCUGCGAGUGCUCUACAGUAUCUCCGGCUCCAACAACUCUUUAAACAAAGAGGGGACAGAUGUGGCCAUUUGGGAUGACUUGACUGAGCAGACACAACUCAAACUUGUCAACGACUGUGUGUCCUUUACGACUAGAGUUUCAGGAAGAUUCUGGUUGAUGGACUGCCAGAAUUAUUCUGAUGCAACCAGAAUGGCUACUGAGCUGUACCGCGAGGCAGUCGUGGUCCCUUAUAUGGCUCGGUUUGUUGUGUUUGCCAAACGCACUGGUGAACAAGAAGGCAAGCUCCGUAUGUUCUGCAUGACAGAUGACAAAAUCGACAAGACUCUUGAAAAACAAGAGCAUUUCGUGGAAGUAGCAAGGAGUCGAGACGUAGAGGUGUUAGAAGGCCGACAACAGUUUGUAGAAAUGGCUGGCAAUCUCAUCCCGAUUACCAAGUCCGGUGACCAACUCUACGUUGAUUUCAAAGCUUUUCGAGAGAAUCGACUCCCUUGUACUGUGCGCAUCCGUGACCUUGACCAGGAGCCAGCGGCACGUGUGGCAUUCAUGAAGGAGCCUAAGGUGGCUCGCGGAGAGGUGCCACAGACCCCUAUCUGUAACUUGAACAUCUCCCUACCCGACAUGUCCACCUCCAGCUCUAUGGAAAUGGACGGGGAUGCUGCCCUUGAGCUUCGUAAACGCUCCUCUCUCCUCAAGGAGUAUGGUAUUGUAAUCGAAGAUACAGUGAGUCGGGCUCAAAUUAAACUGACUGAUGUCGCCGACACGCUUAAGGGUGACUGGGUCGUCUUGGCUCAACAACUUGACUUCACAUCAGGGGAGAUAAACCAAAUAAAGAAUGAUUACAACACUGUCAACGACCAGGCUCUUGCCAUGCUCCAGCUUUGGGCAGCCAAAGACAAGGAACAAGCUACAGGAAAUGCAUUAGAGAAAGCCUUAACAAGAAUAAACAGAGAAGAUGUUGUUAAAAAAUGCAUGUACAAUGUGGAAACAGUAGAAGAUGAAGUAGAGGCAGCAGCAGCUAGAGUAGCUAUGGACCAAUCAGGCUUUGACACCUUCACAGAAGAAGUUGGUAUUUCUAGAGAUUCCUCCAUGAAACGAGGAAUGUCUUUAGAUGUCCAGUACGAUGAACAGGAUAUCAUCAAGUUACUCCACGACCUAGAGACUCACCAGGAAUCCGAAUCGGUAGCAGAAGAAUCUGGUAGUGAUGUGGGCUCAGUAGAGGAAAGGUCGGCACCGCAGGCACGCGAGGAAGAUACCGAACAGGGUGAUGACGACCAAAUAGUUAUGGAAGUUGAUUCCCGAAGGGGAAUCGCCAAAGAAGAUGUCAAACAUGAAAGCAAGGAGGAAGACUUCUUCGAUUUGAUUUCACAAUUGGAUAGAUAUGCAGAAGUGAAAGACAAACAACAAAUAAAAGAACAAGAUACGGAUGAUAGGCAAUCUAUCCAGGAGGAUGAGUUUACUCUCAAUCGCCACGAUCGUGAAACUGCUGCCUCCGAAUUAUUUUCUAAGCUGGAGGAAGUUGGUCAGCAAUGUGCUCCGCAGCAAAUGGCUACUCAAAGCCAAGACAGCGAUGAUGCCGAGGGAACAAAGACUCCACCUCCGAGUCCAGUAGAGAAAGCUUUCCCCACAGAGGAGAGUUCUAUGCUUGCUAGUCUCUCUGAGACUGCAGACGAAUGCGAGGAAAUGUACACGGAGGAGAUUGAGGAAAUUUUCCAAGAAUCGGAUGACAAUGGUAAAACCUGGAAAACUGUCAAAAAAAUCACCACGAUUACGCCGUCUGGUACGACUGAGCGAACGGUAGUGAUGGAAGAGCAAGUUGCACCAGAUUCUGCAGCAAUCGAGGCCUUAUCUCAAAGUUUAUCCUUCGGUGAGCCCGCGAGGGAAGAGGCUCCCCAACCAGAGGAAACUGUGCCUCCUUAUUCGGAAACCAUUAGCCAACAAAUGGUUACUGAGGAUGUGCAACAAGAUGUGGCUUCAGAGCAACAGGUCAUGCCAGUGACCCUGGGGUCAGAGUUCACGGCUCCUCCUCCCUUGGAUGAGGAUGUUGUCAACGAUCAGUUUGAAUUCUUAGAGGAAGAAAUUAAUAAAUCUAAUAUUGAAACCGAACAGUAUGUUGCAGGAAAUUUAGAUACUGAAAUUUCUGCUAUGUCAUCUCACAUUGAAACACAAGAAUGUCCUCAAACUGAUCUGUCUUCGAGCGUUGAUCCUGAACCGGACAUGGGCAGAGUUGUUGAAAGUUUGAAGAAGGAUCUAGCAAAGGAAGCUACUCCCGAGUCUACAGGAAGGAGAUCCUCCAGUUUGUCUUCUUCAUCAUUUUCGUCAUCUUCCCAUUCUUUGUCUGAUCAUGAAGUUGAUGAGUAUAUGGGAGAUGUUGCAGUUCCAUCAGAACCAUCACUGUACAAGGAGUCACCACCUGGAGAAGGCAGACAUCUACAGGACAAGGAUAGUCCACAAAUGCUACAGGGUUCCACACAGUAUACAGAAACUACUGCCGAGGAAACUGACCAGAAAUCUGGUAUCCUGGAGCUGGUAAUCAGCGGAGAGGAUGAAAUAGAUUCUACUUUAUCAGAGUCAAAAGAAAGAAGGAGUCAUCUGAGGAUGCAACAGUUGACCAGGCAGGUACAUUGGCAAUGUCAACAGGUGAUGCUUCAGAGUAUGGUCAAGAAAGUGUCAUUGGUGAUGUUCCUGCUCAAGAAACAACUGAUGAUGUCAAAUUAGUGAAAUGUUCAAGAAACAGUUAUAGACAAUGUUGAAAAGUCUGUUGUAGAAACAAGUAAAGAUGAUACUCUUGUUGUUGAGAGUAAACCAGCUCAAGAAACGUCUAUUGAUGAUGUUGUCGAGACUAAACCAGCUCAAGAAAUGUCUGUUGAUGAUGUUGUCGAGACUAAACCAGCUCAAGAAACAUCAAUUGAUGAUGUUGUUGAGACUAAAUCAGUUCAAGAAAUGUCUGUUGAUGAUGUUGUCGAGACUAAACCAGCUCAAGAAAUGUCUAUUGAUGAUGUUGUCGAGACUAAACCAGCUCAAGAAACAUCAAUUGAUGAUGUUGUUGAGACUAAACCAGCUCAAGAAAUGUCUGUUGAUGAUGUUGUCGAGACUAAACCAGCUCAAGAAACAUCAAUUGAGGAUAUUGAGACCAAACCAGUUCAAGAAACAUCAAUUGAGGAUAUUGAGACUAAACCAGUUCAAGAAACAUCAAUUGAGGAUGUUACAAGGCUAGAUCCAGGAUCAAAAGAAACACCCACCGAUGAUAGCUAUGACUCCCACACUAGUUCAUCCUCUGCAGAAAAUGAUCAACAAAUGGAUUCCUCAAAGGAAUCUGACUUAGAUGACAUUUUAGAAAUGAAUAUUGGACAUUUGCAUCCAAGUGAAAUGACUAGUGGCAUCCAAGAACCAGAGGGUGUGGAUAAAUAUGAAAGUGAUGAAGAUGACAAUAAACUUUCAUCAUCAUCAUCAUCAUCAAGUUCUUCUUCAUCGUCACAUUCGGAUAGUUCUGGUGAACAUGACUUGCAGCAGUCACCAGACAUAGAAAUCAUCCGACCAUCAGCUGACAUUACAGAGCAGGUUGAUGAUUCUGUUGGAGUUGAGUUAAAGAGGGAUGAACAACAAGUUUCUCCUGGUUCAAGUUCAGACAUUGUUAGUGUUGAACAUGACAAUGUUGAACAUGCGUUGGUCUCGCAUGAUCAAUCAGAAAAAUUGGAAUCUGAACUAGUAAAAGAGUCUCCGGAACCAAUACAUACUGACGAACAUGUCAUUGAACAAGCUGAUUCCCAACAGAAAGACACUGAACCUGAUCAUGCUGAACCAAUUGAGGAGUUUGACAGUCACAGCAGUUCCUCAAGUCACACCACUUAUUCCAGUGGUGAUGAAGGUUCUUACCCAUCAGACUCUGAGGACUGGAAAGCUAUGGGAGAAGACUAUGUUGACAGAGGGGAACAAUACCAGGCUAUGGAGGACCGAGCAUCUGUUGAAAGAGUUCUUCCCGGUGAGGGUCAGACUGCUGUACGAGGUAUUAUACACGAUUCAGAUAAGCCCAAUGUAGAGGAUGUGACAACCAAAGAUGAAAUUUCCCAUGAGGAAUGUCAGCCUGGUAAAGAAGACAUGGAUAUAUAUGAACAAGAAUCACAGACACUCGCUGUGGAGGAUAUAAAAACCAAAGUGGAAUCUUCUAUUGCUGAAUGUCAGCCUGCUGUGGACGACCUAGAGGAAGGUGGACAGGAAUCCAAAACAAUAGUUGUGGAGAAAGUAACGACCAAGGUUCAAUCUACUUUCGAGGAAUGUCAGCCUGCUAUAGAGGACUUGGAGGAUGACAAUGAACCCAUGGAUGAAUCAUUUGUUGACAGAGGUGAACAAUAUGAGACUGCAGGCCACAGGGCUUCAGUGGAAAGGGUUCUUUCUGAGGUACAGUCAGAAGUCGAGGCCAAGCACACGAAACAUGUAGCCUUUGAGGAAGCAGCAAGUGCAGAGACAUCUACUGCUGAGGAAUGCCAGCUUGCUGCUGAGGGUGUUGAUGAAUCGGCACAGGGUGAGUCUGGGGUGGUGGAAGAAAGGGGUGUAAUUAAACAAUCGGUCCCAGUUGAGGAAAGUUGCCCUCUCACAGAGGAAGGGGCAGCAAACAAGAAGGAAGGAAGUCCACUAGAGUGGCGUUACCCUGGUGACUCUGAGGAAGGGGAGGAUGCAGAGGGACAAGUGUUUGAUUCAGAUAUACCACCAGAGGAGACGAGAUAUGAGGAAGUUCUGCCAGAUGGUACCAUAAUAAAACACAAAAAAGUUCGCAAGUUUCACCGCCAGCCCACCAUAGACGCUGAGGAUGAAGUGAAAUGUACAGAGGAAGUCACAGAAUCAGAAGGUCCAAUUAGGGAGGAAAUCGAUGUCCAGGAAUCGGAAGAAAUUCUUCCUGAUGGUACAAUACACUCGUUCCAGAAAGUCAGACGACAUUCCAUCAAGCAUGUCCGCAAGAGUCUGAAGUCAGAAACUGGAGAUGAGGACAUUUUCGAGGGUGAUGUAGCAAUUCCUGGUACAAACAGGGAAGACAUCAUUGAAACAUUUGAAGAACCAGCACGACAGGUUCGGGAUGUUGAGAGCAUUGAGGACACUUUGGCUGAUGGUACAAAAGUCAAAAAGCAGAUUAUUUCCAAUCGUAUGGUUCAUCGCAUUCUCACACACCACCAGUCUGUGGACGAAGGAGGUGAAAAAUCUGAAGAAAAAUAUGAAAUUGAUGAAAUCAUUCCUGGUACAGAAUCCUGCUUCAUUGAAUGUGAUGAGUCUUCAUCCUCAUCCUCUGGCUCCUACACUGAUGAUGAGGAGGAUGAUGAACUUGGAGCAGAGAUUGAAGCUGACCUUGGUGAGGUGGAAGAAGUCCUUGCAGAUGGAUCUAUUAUUCGUAAGCGUAUGAUAGAAAGUCAUGAAACGAUCAGAGUCAAAUCCCCAUCAGGUGAUAUUGACGAAUCUGAAAUCUCUAAGACUAUAACCGAAGAAAAGUAUAUCCCCAGCCCACGAUCAAUGUCUCCGGUAACUGUCAAAGAUCAAGAAGAUUUUCACGAUAUGGCUAAGGAUGUUGUUCAAAGGACAAUCAGAUCAGCCCAUUUUGAAGCAGUGCAGAAAGGCGAUGAAAUUGAAACAUCCUUUGAUAAAACAGAGGAUGAGAUGAAGGCACCAUCUGGGCAUUCACUUACAGAAACAGCAGAAACAGAGUGGAAGGAGCUGGAAGAGAGUGGAUUCACCAAACGGAAGGUCAAAAAGGUCACCUACGACCCCCAUCAGCCAACUGUGAUUGGUGAAUCAGAUUGCGUUUACGGAGUGAGCUCAGUGCAGACAUCCUCUGAUACACCAACUAUUACUAUCACAGAGGAUCACAGUGUUCCUACAGAUGAGGACGAUUACAUUUCCUAUUUUGGGAUAAAAACAAAUGAAACAGAAGAAGAUUCAGAAUUCCGUGACAGUUCCUUCCCAGAUGAAGAUACAGCUCGUAGUGUAGAUGUAGAUGUAGAGGUACAUGAUGAGUCAUCUGACAAGCGUCGCAGUGUGGCCGAAAUUGUUCAGAAAUUUGAACCUGUCUCGCAGGAAUCGACAAAGUUCGCCAGUGAGAGGGUCACAGAUAGUAUGACUUCCAUGGAGGAAAUUUCGUCAAAAGAGGAAGUUUCAACGAGGUAUGCUGAAGAGACAAGUGUAAUGACAAAGUCUUUGGAAGAAGUUGUAUCUAUGGAAACGGUUGUAAAGGAGCAUGUUUCGACCAAGACUUUUGAGUCUUCCAAAGAAAGGACCUCUUCGGCAUCAACUUUCGUGGAGACAGUUAUGGAACCUGAGUUCAAAACUGUUCAAGAGAGUGGUGAAAUUUUACAUAGGCCUUAUGAACCAUAUGAAGCUUUAGAAAAGAGACAACAAACUGUUGAUGGGUCAUCUUCCUCUGAGGAAGAGGAAUUAGCACCUCCAAUUUUGCGUAGUAUUAAACCUGUCGCAAAUAUUGUUCAUAAAAUGGAGACAAAAAUUGAAAAAAUCCGCAAAGAAGUUCGUAGAGAUAGUUUAUCAGAUAAUGGUUCAGUGACAGAUGCAAAACCAUCAGAAGAUGAAUUAAUUUAUGAGCAAAAAGAAUAUGAAACAUUUAAAUAUCAAGAAACUGGUCCAAAUGCUGUUACUGCUGCAGACAAGGAAGAGGAGGAGGAAGAUGAUGAUUGGGAAGUUGUAGACAGGGAUGAAGUAGAAGAAUAUGAUGAGGAAGCUGUUCCCUUUAGUCUUCCAUCUCCUCAUGAACAGGACGCAUCACUGACUGAAGAAUCAUUAGAGGAACCUCACUUUCAAAAAGUAAUGAUAAGAGAGGAACAUACUGUUGAGAGUAGAACAACUGAGGAUAUAAAAACCCAAGAAAGUCUGGAACUAAAAUAUGAGGAAACCCAUGAAAAGUCUUCUGACUUUCAUGUUAAAUUUGAACAGAAAGUCCAUCAAAACCUUUCAUUUACAAAAGCUGAAAAUGUGGAGGCUGAACAAAAUGGACAUAUCAUACAAGAGGAAUAUAAAGAAAAAAGUCUAUAUAGGACGGAUGAUCUACCAAUGGAUGUGGAUGACCAGCAAGAAAUGGUAAAUGUUUCUCCUCUGCAGGAAGACACUAGAACUUGUCAUCAGGAGGAGGAAGAUGAACUCGCUGACAUAAGUGAUUCCUCAGCUGGGGAUACGAUAGAAAUAGCCGACAAUGGGUCGGACAGGAGCGAAAUUGAAAGCCCAAUUGAGUUCAAGCAAGAUCGGCUUGAACAAAUUUUGAAGGCUGAGGAGAUGGAACAGGAACUGCAAAUGGCAAGUCAAAUGUCUACAGGUGUUAAGCAAGAAUACGUGUCGGACCAGCAACAAGAGACAGCCACACAAAAAGAGGAUCUCUUUCAUGUGCAAGAGUCAGAUCUUGUGAUGGGGUCGGAGUCAUUUACAGUUAUUCCUGAUGAACAACCUGAGGAAAUUGUGAAAACUAAAUUUGAUCAAGAAUCGGACAAACCAGUUCAUAAUAUUCCAAAGGAAUAUGCCUCCUUUUUCGAACAGGAAAUUGUUGUCAAAUCUUCAACUAAAGAAGUGUCAUUUGCCGCAGAGGAAAGAAUUGAAGAGGAAAACGUAGAAAUCUUAAAAACUGAAGAAAUUAUGUCCGAACAAAGCCAUGAUAAGGUGAAUAGAGAAAUUGCAUCGUUUCUAGAUCAGGAAAUAGUGGUAGAGGCUCCCAAGAGCUAUGACGUUCCUACUAAAGUCGAGGAGACAGAGGAGGAAGAGGAAGAAGAAUAUGUCGAGACAGAAUGUGUAAUGUCAUGGGAAGAAUAUCAAUCCCAAAAUUUUGGUCAUUUUACAUCAGAUCAGGAGGAAGAAUAUGAAACAGUAACUGUUCAGGAUAUUCAGCAGGAACAGGCAGAUGUAAAACAGGAGAGUAUUGACCACACAGAACUGUUUACCACAGUCAAACAGGAGGCUUAUACCAUUGAAGAGACCACUGAAAUCCAACCUAUCUAUUCAGAAACUCGGGAAUCUGCCUCUACAGAUAUUCUAAAAGAAAUGAAUGUCUUGGAGGAUAAGGAAAAUAUAGAACCAGUUAAGGAAAUACAUGUGGCUGCCAGAGAGGAAACUACUGUGUACAGUAAUGUAGAUUUUAUUGAACCACUGGAAACAGUCCAAGACCGUCCCACCAAAGAAGAAUUUGAGGACGACGAUAAGGAAAAUCAGAAACCAGAACAGGAUUUAUUUUUGGAAGCAAAAGAGAAAACAAUUGUUCAUGAUCAAAUAGAGGCUGUCUCUUCUCUGGAAACAAACAAAGGUGAUGUUCAUGACACACAGUUUAUCCCUGCUGAACAAACAGCAGUACUGGAACACAUCUCUGAAAAUGUUGACAAUCUACCCCAAAUUCACACGGAGAAACUUCAAAGCGAACCUGAUCAGGAUGAGGAUGUUGAAGUUGAGGAAAUGAUUGUGUCAACAGAUGUAAAACGCGAUGAAGCAGUACCUGCCAGUAUUUUCACUGCUCCUCCCCCUCCUCCACUGUAUGAUGACCAUGAAUUCUCUUCAGAGUCGGAGGGUGAGGGGGAAGGUGUCCAGGAUUCUGAAGAAGAUAGCGAAGAUGAAAUACAGGUUGUUGUUUCUACAAGACAGACUAUUCAUACACAGGACUUCGCUGGUAGUAAUAUCUAUGAGGACAUGACUGUUAGGACAGAGCUUGGAAGCACUUCCAUACAGGAUGAGGACAUAUCAGAAGAAAUGCAAAAGCAGGCAGAAAAAAAUCACGAAGACAAAUAUGAACAGCAGGAACAAAUUCAGGAGGACAAAUAUGAACACCAGGAGCAAACUAAGGAGGACAAACAACCUGAACAAGAUCAGGAACACAAACAUGAACAACCAGAACAAGUUCAAGAGGAUAAAUAUGAACAACCUGAACAAGUUCAGGAGGAUAGAUAUGAACAAGCUGAACAAGUUCAAGAGGACACAUAUGAACAACCUGAACAAGUUCAGGAAGACAAAUAUGAACAGCCAGAACAAUAUAGGGAGGACAAAUAUGAACAACCUCGACAAUUUCAGGAAGACAAAUAUGAACAACCUGAACAUGUUCAGGAGGACAAAUAUGAACAACCUGAACAAGUUCAGGAGGACAAAUAUGAACAACCAGAACAAGUUCAGGAGGACAAAUUUGAACAACCUGAACAAGUUCAGGAGGACAUAUUUGAACAACCCGAACAAAUUCAGGAAGACAAAUAUGAACAACCUGAACAAGUUCAAGAGGACACAUAUGAACAACCUGAACAAGUUCAGGACAAAUUUGAACAACCUGUACAAGUUCAGGAAGGCAAAUAUGAACAACAAGAACAAGUUCAAGAGGACAAAUAUGAACAACCUGAACAAGUUCAGGACAAAUUUGAACAACCUGAACAAGUUCAGGAGGACAAAUAUGAACAACCAGAGGAAAUUCAGGAAGACAAAUAUGAACAACCUGAACAAGUUCAGGAGGACAAAUAUGAACAACCUGAACAAUUUCAGGAGGACAAAUUUGAACAACCUGAACAAGUUCAAGAGGACAAAUUUGAACAACCUGAACAAGUUCAGGAGGACAUAUUUGAACAACCCGAACAAAUUCAGGAAGACAAAUAUGAACAACCUGAACAAGUUCAAGAGGACAAAUUUGAACAACCUGUACAAGUUCAGGAAGGCAAAUAUGAACAACAAGAACAAGUUCAAGAGGACACAUAUGAACAACCAGAACAAAUUCAGGACAAAUUUGAACAACCCGAGCAAAUUCAGGACAAAUAUGAACAACCAGAACUAGUUCAGGAGGACAAAUUUGAACAACCUGUACAAGUUCAGGAAGGCAAAUAUGAACAACAAGAACAAGUUCAAGAGGACAAAUAUGAACAACCUGAACAAGUUCAGGAGGACAAAUAUGAACAACCUGAACAAGUUCAGGAGGACAAGUAUGAACAACGAGAGCAAAUUCAAGAGGACAAAUUUGAACAACCUGUACAAGUUCAGGAGGACACAUAUGAACAACCAGAACAAAUUCAGGACAAAUUUGAACAACCCGAGCAAAUUCAGGACAAAUAUGAACAACCAGAACUAGUUCAGGAGGACAAAUUUGAACAACCUGUACAAGUUCAGGAAGGCAAAUAUGAACAACAAGAACAAGUUCAAGAGGACAAAUAUGAACAACCUGAACAAGUUCAGGAGGACAAAUAUGAACAACCUGAACAAGUUCAGGAGGACAAGUAUGAACAACGAGAGCAAAUUCAAGAGGACAAAUUUGAACAACCUGUACAAGUUCAGGAGGACAAAUAUGAACAACCUGAACAAAUUCAGGACAAAUUUGAACAACCCGAGCAAAUUCAGGAGGACAAAUAUGAACAACCUGAACAAGUUCAGGACAAAUUUGAACAACCUGAACAAGUUCAGGAGGACAAAUAUGAACAACCAGAGCAAAUUCAUGAGGAAAAAUAUGAACAACCAGAACAAAUUCAGGAGGACAAAUUUGAACAACCUGAACAAGUUCAGGAGGACAAAUAUGAACAACCAGAACAAAUUCAGGAGGACAAAUAUGAACAACCUGAACAAAUUCAGGAGGACAAAUUUGAACAACCUGAACAAAUUCAGGAGGACAAAUAUGAACAACCUGAACAAGUUCAGGAGGACAAAUAUGCACAACCAGAACAAAUUCAGCACAAAUUUGAACAACCCGAGCAAAUUCAAGAGGACAAAUUUGAACAACCUGAACAAGUUCAGGAAGGCAAAUAUGAACAACCAGAACGAGUUCAAGAGGACAAAUAUGAACAACCUGAAUAUGUUCAGGAGGACAAAUAUGAACAAUCUGAGCAAAUUCAGGAGGACAAAUAUGAACAACCUGAACAAAUUCAGGAGGACAAAUAUGAACAACCUGAACAAGUUCAGGAGGACAAAUUUGAACAACCUGAACAAGUUCAGGAGGACAAAUAUGAACAACCAGAACAAAUUCAGGAGGACAAAUAUGCACAACCAGAACAAAUUCAGCACAAAUUUGAACAACCCGAGCAAAUUCAAGAGGACAAAUUUGAACAACCUGAACAAGUUCAGGAAGGCAAAUAUGAACAACCAGAACGAGUUCAAGAGGACAAAUAUGAACAACCUGAAUAUGUUCAGGAGGACAAAUAUGAACAAUCUGAGCAAAUUCAGGAGGACAAAUAUGAACAACCUGAACAAGUUCAGGAGGACAAAUAUGAACAACCAGAACAAGUUCAGGAGGACAAAUAUGAACAACCUGAACAAUUUCAGGAGGACAAAUAUGAACAACCUGAACAAAUUCAAGAGGACACAUAUGAACAACCUGAACAAUUUCAGGAGGACAAAUAUGAACAACCAGAACAAGUUCAAGAGGACAAAUAUGAACAACCAGAACAAGUUCAAAAGGACAAAUAUAAACAACCUGAACAAGUUCAGGAGGACAAAUAUGAACAACCAGAACAAGUUCAAGAGGACAAAUAUGAACAUGCAAAGGAGUUGCAAGAAGAAACCAAGCGAGAAGAACAAGAAGAAAUUCAGAAAAGUGUUAAACUUGAGGAGAGGGAUGAGCAGGUUUUAACGGGAUACAAGAUUGAGGCAGAGGAAGAUGAAGAUGACAAAGAGGUCACCACUAAUCUAAAAUUUGGAACACAAGAAAAAAAUGCAUUACAGGAAUCUGGAGUUCAGGAUUUAGACGAUCAUGUCACUGCUGAAAAGGUUGACGGGGACAACAGAGACCAUGACGAUGAAAAGGAUGACUUAGAUGAAUUUAUUGCCGAAACAAAACAGGAUGAGGAUGACUUGGAUUUAUCUGACCAUGAACAGAAGGAGUUUGAAAGUCUUGAAAUAGAAAUUGCAAAAGAGGAGAAAGCACUGAAAGAGGAGAGUGCUGCUCUCAUUGAAUCACUAGAGGAGAUCAAAGAUGAUAUCAUGGACUCUGAUGAUGAGGGAGAGGAACUGAAAGAUGACAUGGACUCGGAGGAGGAGUUCGUAUCUGAUGAGGAAGUCCCUGACCAUGACGAAAAAUGCCCUUCAGAGGAGGCUUAUGUCGGGGACAGGGCACAUCAGCUGCCAGAGCAAACAGAAGAACAGAUCAACAAACCCACCCAGCAGGUGAUUCCUGAUGUUUGUUCCUCACUUUCUGAUGAAGACCUGGUUGAAAAACCUGUUAGAAUGUCUGUGUCUCAAGACUCUUUUGAUAAAGAUCAGAAUGAGGGUUAUGACAAGGAUGCAGAUGUAUUCAAAGAAGUUGACCAUAUACCAGUAAAAGAGACACCUACAUUCUUUCUUGGAGAGGAUGAAGAGGACAAACCAGAGAUAAUUUCGUCCAAACAUGAUGAACAUCCAAUGUCUACGGAAGAGGAAGAACAAGAAAUUCUACCAGGACAACAAAAGUCAACUUUUAACCAGGAAGCUGAGUCACAAGAACCAGAUGAUGAACAGCAUAACCAGCAUCUGUACCAUGAAGAUCGGCAUUAUGAGCAACAUGUCUACAUGGAGGAUGAAGAAGAUACACACAUUUAUAAAGACAUAGAGGAAAAACAUGAGGAAAGACCAUUCUUCCCUCAUCAGGUGGAAAUUAGAAAACAGUCUCCUUCUGAUGAGGAAUACCCAGAGAUGGAUGAGGCCGAAGGACUAGCGGAUAAGACACAGUAUACAGAGGUUACUGCUGAGGUCAUUGAGGUCAUUGAGGGGGAGGAGGAUGAGGUGGACGACGGAAUUCUUGAAACUACAACAACAACUGUGUACACUGAGGAAAAACAGGAAGGUGACUUACACACUGAGAUUAUUCGUGAACACACCACAACAGAAUGUACAUACACCAUUACAGAAAUAAUUGACAAGGAGGAUGCCUCUGUAUCAGAGUUAAAGAAUGAGGACAUUGUUAGGGUCACAAAGGACAAACAAGAUAUGGGAGAUAUUCCAACGGAUGCCGACUACAAACAGGAGGAUUUAGGAGAUAGUUAUCAGGCUAUGGAGGAAAUGGAGGUAGACAGGAAGGAAUUCCGUGAGGAGAAAAUUAGGGAGAUAAUAAAACAGGAAGUAGAUUCAAAGGAGGUGAUAAAACAGCAGGAGGAAAUACGGGAGGAAACGCAGGAGAUAAUUCAACAGGAGGAAACUGAGAUGGUAUCAAAACGAGAGGAGGAAUUUGAUAUGUUACAACAUGAAGAACAUGAAAUAGAUCGAUCAGAAUCAAAAGUAGAGACAAUGUCUGACUCCAUUGAAUAUAAACAACCUAUUGAUAGCGAUAGCAGCGUGUUUGUCCAUUUAACCGACACGGAUAUAUCGGAACCAAAAAAUACUGACAAGCUACAUGACAUGGAAUUAGAAAAAACAACUCAAAGGGACAGUUCUUCAUCAGAGUCUGAUUCUGAUGCUGGACUUGGUAUCGAGGAGGGAUACAUAGAUAGGACUGAGGAGUUUAUUUGUAUCACACGUACUGGUGACUUGUUUGAGAAGGAACAUAAAACUGGUGACCGUUCUCUUCAACAUGAAACUCAAUUCCCGGAUCAAAUUUUCGAUUCCUCCACUGGAUUCAAACAGGCAUCAUCACAAGAUGACCCUCUCAAUGGUCCACGUGAAGGGGGAAUGGGGCAAGAUAACUUAGAUGAAAUUGGGGAGGGGCCGACAGAGGAUGACGCAGAUGACAACACACAGGAAUCAUCAGAAAGUACAGAUGAUCCUAUUAUAUCCCGAAAAUUUUCAGCAGCUCAAGUUGAUGAAUUUGAACAUGAAAUUAGACGUGAACAAGAGGAAUUAGAUGAAAUUAUUCGGUCAGAAUCUAAAGUAGAACAGGUAAAUCAGUUAGCACACUCUGCAGAAAAAGUAGUCAAAACAAGUCAUGAGGUGUCUUCAACAAAAUCUAUGUCAUUCCUGAUGGAAGCAAAAGCAUUUACAUCAACAUUAGCUUCGAGUGAGCAUGGGACAGAUACACCUAAGAGUACAGAUGAACGUCCACUAUCACCUAGCUCCUACACCCUCGAAACUGAUACCGAUAUUGAUGACAAUACACAUGUUGAGGAAAUUGCUAUGGACAUGGAGGAACGAGAGGAGCCUGAGGGCAGAAUGUCGACUGAUAUUUCUCAGCAGAUAUUCAUUGAGCAGACAAUAAUGUCGCAUAGUCGCGAGGAAACAUUUCAGGAGGGAGAAAAUGUAGAUGAAUAUCUUCCUAACAUUGACACACAGGAUGAGGCAAAGGUAGACACUCAACAGAUCCUUGAGGAUGAUAAAGUAAUGACACAGGUCGUUGAUCAUCGCGAAGACAAUUUACCCAGUGAUGAAGAAUAUGAUGAAGAAAUUGAUGACUUGAACUCACUGGAAUCAAAACCCUUGGAAUGUCCACCAUCUCCGUCGGAAUUCACUCUCAUCACCUCCCAGGACCAGGACACGCUAAACAGAGUUCUCGGUCUUGUGGAUCAGGACGAGGUUCUCCAGGUAGAGAUGGAUAUCACAGAGGACCUACAAGGGGCAUCGCAGUAUGCAGAUCAACUGCAUGACCAAGGUAUGGCUGAAGAUGAGGAAAUUGAUGAAAAUGAACUACGGAUUACGGAGGAUUUGCAAGAUGAAUACACCGGAUCUAGCGAUAUGAGGGAUUUAGAACUAACCCCUGAUCCAAAAGCUACAUCCGAGAUAGCUCCCAUGCCAAUGCAAGUCCAGAAACUGGCUUCAUCUCAAAACCGAUACAUAUCAUCAAGCUAUGAAAACGUUUAUGACGCAGUACCUUUGGACCCAGAGAAAAAUCGUCUCUCAAUGGAUGCAAGCGAAUUAGAAAUAGGCGAUCGUUUUGACACGAAACAACCCCAAUCCCAUUUACAGUCAACUGAACUUGCUUCUAGUUACGAACAGCUUUAUGUUAAAGAUGGAGGAAAAUCUGAGGAAGAUAUAGGUGAGUUUUCUUCCCCUGCCCCGGACGUAGAUUAUUCGGCAUUUGUAGAUCGCGUAGAAAGUAAUGUUCCUCACAAGGUAUCUAGUUUAGUUUCUGGGGGUAUGCCUUCAUUUACAACUCAUACUUGUCCCAUAUAUAUCACUGUCGAGGAGGGCCUCGACAAGCUUGUCAGUGACAAAGACACCCCAUCAUCACCUCUACUGCGUCCUAAGGAAUUCAAAGAGCGUUCCCUUUCAUACGAGCUGUCCUUGGAACCCAAUCCUCUCGAUGGUCGGAUGAGACAUAAUUCUUCCCCGGACAUGACUGCCUUCCAAAACAUCUGUGGUAGCACUAAUAACAGAGUCGAUACUAAGGAGGAGGAGAAACUCAAGGAGGAUAAGGUCGACGAUAAUUUAGACGAAAGCUCUUCAAGCUCUGAAGAUGCUCAGCUGGAUGACUUUGAUGAAAAUGAAGAAGAGAUUCGUGAUAGCAGUGAAGGCAAAACAGAGGAAACCGACGUUGAAGAGCAGUUUUCUCCCCUCCCCAAGCACUCUCCAGUGCAAUCCCCAAGACCUUCUCCCAAGCAUUCACCAAAACCCAAAUUAGACCUAGAGUUCAGUCUGCCAAACACAGUUUUUUCAUUCACGGAUACCCCUCCUGAAAAUGUGUCUCCCAGUUUGGCUGACGAUGAGGUGUCUCCAGUCCAAAGAGAAUCGCUCGAGGUGGCCAACAUGGCAGCCAUAAUGGUAGGUGUGUCACCGUCUGAUUUCAUUCCUGAACACCCGUGCGAGGAGGAAUAUGAGGAGGAAGAUGAGGAUGGAGGACAUCAUACAAGUUUCUUCGAUAAUGAUUUCAUGAAAAACAUCCCAUCCCCAUUUACAUAUCCCAUAGAGAAAAAGGGAGAGGAGUCAAAGGAAAAAACAGAAGAACGAAAUAAGGAAAACGAGAAAGAGCCCCUUUCUUCUAUGGAAAAGAAAAUAUCUGUGUCCUCGGAAGAAUCGUACAAGUCUGGAGGUGACAUUUCUCCAGCAGAUUUGGAAGAGAAACUUCGGUCAUUUUCGUUGACUGAACAGGAGGCAGAAGAAUUGGAAUUAGCUCGACAAACUGCCAGUCUGUCCUACUCAGACACACACCACGAAGAACAGGUAUUUCAAUCCGAAAAUGCCAAAGAGAUAAUGGAGGUGACACAAGAUGUUUUUGAGAGCCAUACUUCCGAAACUGUUACACAACACUUUGAGGAAUCUGUUCAAAAAUCUUGGCAGGAAGUACCAAAAGAUGAAGAGAGCCAUGAGCCUGUAGAGGGGAAAUCCCAGGAACAGGAAACAGUAGAACUAGUAAUGGUAACUCAGAGUGAAGAUCAACACCUAAUGCCUCCUCCACCAAUGGAUUUACCUGGCGACACUUCCUCAGAGACAAGCUCCGACGGAAACAAUGAGGUAUUUGAUGAAACAUCUGGUCAGUACGUCCGUCUUCCUUGGGAAGUUGCACAUCAAUAUAAACGGCAGUUCUCAGAUUCUCUACUUGAACAGGAAAAGAAAACGACUUUUACUAGUGCUCAAUCUAUUGACCUUGGAACGUUCUACCUGCGUGACCGUGAUGAGGAAACCCAGUAUGACAAUGUGACUUGUGUUGAUAACUCAGAGGAGUCAACACCAGUUCACCAGCCCCGGGCUCAGCGAGUGCGAUUUGCGCUUUCAUUGGAGGAGGACACGCAUUACUAUCAACAAGAGCAACUAGAUGAUAAUGAAGUCACACUGACAGACAUUGACCAGGAUCAAUCCCCUGUGCAGUUUGAGCCUCACGACAACAUCACAGAUACCCAUCAAAAACUGGUCAUUGCCAGCAUUCUAGAAACACGACGGAAGGAUCAGGAGAACUUGAAAGCGAAGGACGUGGAAACGAUGGCAUACCCAGAGAUAUCUCAUGAAGCCUACAGCCUCAACGAGAGAACUUAUCUCUCACAGGGAACUAGUACCUUCACAGAUCAUUCCACAAAGGAGGAAAAACGUUUAUCAGGUAUUUCUGAAACUUCUGAUACUAUGACUUCAUCCUAUAUGACAGCACAAACAUCUUUAGACACUUCAAUCAAUCGGUCUAUGGUAGAAUCGUCUCAUUUUACGGAAGCGCUUACAGGGGAAGAACUGUUUGCACGUGAUGACGUGACGACAGAAAUGUCUCUCACUCCCGUGAAGGAGUCAACAGGAAUGGACACAGAGGUUGUGAGUCGGGCUUCUCGUCUAGCCCAGCAGGAAAUGCUACAAGAAUUUGAUGAAGGUGACCGUUCACAUUCCCCAUCUCGAGAUAUGACAACAAAAUAUGAAUCGAUGACUGCAGUGCAUGAGGAGGAAAGCCAAUUGUACUCGCACUCCUCUCUUAAGUUUCCAAUGGCUCUACCUUGUGUUGGAAAGCCCCUGGCCGACAAUGAAAUUUACGAAUCUUCCGAAACUGGAGGUGAUACCACAGAGGAGAAAUUAUCUCCCAUAGAGGAGACGCCCCAAGAUGAUUUUCCAGAGGAACAGGCUGAUAUCGAUGUAAAACAAAACGUUGAAAAACGAGUGACAUUCCAAACAGAUGUUAACAAUCUCCCUUCUGUAUCCAGUGACGACCUUGUUAAAACUUCCACAUCAUCCUCGGAAAUGGAGCCAACAAUUUUAGCAGCAUCUUAUGAUCUGGAUUCUGGACGUGUUUCUCGCGUCGUUGCAUCAUAUGAUGUGUCACCAGAUAGCGUUGAAAAACAAUUUCUACCUGUUCAAAGUACAACUAAAGCAAUACUGUCGAGUCCCGAGGAUGAUGUGUUUGAAGCUGCAGCUGAUGAAGAAGCCUCCAAGAAUCUACUGAUGGUUUCUGAUGCCACAGGCAAUCGCGGAAGACUGCUGGACAAGAGUUCCGGCUCUGUCGAAUCGUGCCCAUCACCCCCAGCCCCUACACCGAAGGAUAUGUCAACUGUCCACGAAACUCGACCUGACCUAGAAGGGGCAGCAAUAAAGCUUCAAGAUGAGGCGGAGAAAGACGAAAUUUUGUUCCAACUCUCAGACGAAACACAGCAGGAACCUUUAAUCACAAUACAAACGCCGUCAGAACAAUCAGACUUCCUUGGAGCUGAAGCAUCAGUCCAGAUACCUGCUAUUACCGACGAUUCUACAGAUCAAGGCUCGCCAUUUGAAGUAAUGUCUCCAAGUGAACUGCAAGGCUACGACCAAUAUAUGGAUGAGAUGAAGACAGUAGAAAUGAUGAAAUCAUUUGAAUCAAUGACAACCAGUACCAGUAGUUUCUCAGAACUUAAAACUGCUGAUUUUUAUGCAGAGUUUGAACAGAAACAUGACUUGGCUAUGACCUAUGACAUGUCGCCACUUGAACCUACAGCCCCUCCUAUGCCAGAAGUGAAAAGUGAAUCGUCAUUUGAUCAUUCAUCUCCCGUCAGUAGUGAACCAAGCGAGAAGGGCCUAGGAUCUCCAUUUGAUCAUGUAUCGUCAGAUUUUCUACCAGACUUAAUCCAGGACUCCACAGUAGUUGGGGACUUGCAAGAAGUCACAGAAAAGGACCAAGCGGUUUGUCUCCCAAAUGGACCAACUGAGGUGGAAUACAACCCAGAAAUUGAUUUUGACUUCACAGAAUCUGUUGAUCGCACACUUCCUGAGUCUGAACAACAGCAACCUACAGAAAUGGUUCAGUCAAUAGAGAGUCAACCAGAUCUGAUCCAGUCAAUGUCCUCUGUAUCUUCUGCGCAAAGCUCUGCUGCUGCUGUUGAAAGUGAUUUUCUGGAACACACUGACCAGGACAGCGGAUUCAAGGUUGAAGAAACGCCAGAUAAACCAUCAGAGGAACAGCGAGAAACAGACGAAACCAAGCAAGGUGAACCUAAGGAUGUCAUGUAUGGAUCACAGUCACAAGUUACCGAAAGCAUUAUGGAAGAAAUCGCUCUGCCUCCUGGGGAUCAACUCUUGUCCUCAGACCAAACAUUGUACGGACUGGACAUGCCUUCUGAAGAAACAGGUGCAUUCUCACUUUCGAUUUCACAGAUGGAAGGAUCUGGACGCUUCGACACAGAACCAGAAUCUGAUUCAUUUGUUGGUCUUACUUCUCAGAUAGAUGAUGAUGCAUCUGAACAGAGCGAAUCAAAGAAUGUUGUUUUUUGUACAGAAGAGCAACAUGAUUCAGGACUAUCUCACACUCACUACGACGCCAGUGAUGACAUCGCUGACCCAUCGUCUGAUGAUAAUCUUUUUGGGCUCGAAUCACAAACACCUUCCAAGGAACAAAAAAUGGAAGAAAAAACACAUGAAUUGAAAAAGGAUGUUAUCUACCAUGGAAAACGGGCUCUUGAAAUGGUUGAUAUCACAAUGGUUGUCAAAGAUGAGCUUUUGGAUAAGGAAGUAUCAUCAGUAGCCACUGAGCAAGCAGCAGCCAGUUCUGUGGGCAUAGACAAUGCUGCAUUUUCUAUGUCAGACAAUAUAGAAUUCACAGGGGAGGUGUACCUUAACGAGGAGCUUCAACAUGAAAAAUAUCUCCGAGAAGAGUUCAUGGAAGAAGACAUCUACAAACCAGAUGAACCAUUUAUUCAACAAGGUAUUGAUGAGGAACCAGAUGAGAAAGACGAUGAAAAUAUGCUCCUUGACUUCAAUAAAGACACAAGUGAUCAGGAAUCAUCAGGCAGACAGUCAAAAGAUCUCGAAUUGAUUUGUGUAAGCAAGGAUAUAGAAGACGAUCCUUCUGACAAUUUUGAUUUUGAAGUGGAUCUGGUUGAUUUAGAGCGGCCUACAACUCCAACACCUGUGGACACGAAACAAGAUAUGUUCCAAUUUGAAAAUGAUAUCCCGAGAGAAGGUGAGGAAGGUGAAGAUGGGGGAGAAAUCGCUGUAACCGCCUCUGACUUUGUAGAAUCAGUAAUAACUGAAGCACAGGCUAAAGUUACAACAGACGAUGAUAACCUAGAAGCUGAGGAAAGGGAAAAUGAAGAUGAAGAUAAAUUCAUCAUGACGGAUGAUUUUGAAGUAAGAGACGAUAAAGAUGAUGUUGAUAAACUAAAGGAAAGACAGAGUGAAAAUAAGACUGCCAUAACUGAAGAAGUAAAAACUAAAAUAGAUGAAAAAGUAAUAACAUCUGAAACUGUCCAGUAUAAGCAGGAGGAGUUUUCAACGGUUUCUAAAUCCAGUGAAUUUACAUCUAGCGUUGAAACAACAGAGACCUUCACUGUCAUCUCUUCGUCAAAAGUUUCUUCUUCAACUUUUUCUGCAUCAACCAGAGAACUCACAAGACAAAUUUCUGAGGAUAUCCCUUCUAUCACAAUCACCCAGCAUCUCCAUGAUGAAGAGGAGGAGGAAGAACAAAGUAACUAUCCUGAAUGCUACCAGGAAACUCCAGGGGACAAGGAAGAAGAGAUAAAAGAAUUUGUAACCUCACAAUCAUCAUCCUUUUCAGAGACAAUACCAUCUGAACACCAAAAGCGAGUCAUCACAACAAAGUGUAUUCCAGAAGAAGAGGAAGAUGAUGACUUGGUUAUAGAAGAAAGGCUGGAGAAGGCUGCCAUAGGAACAUCAAUGGCAGUCGCACCUGAACGAGGUGACUUGGUAGAUGCUGGCAAGACCUGCAUCCCUGAGGAGGAGGACUCGAUAGAUGAGGACGGUCGUGAGGAAGAAUUGGUGAUCAAGUCUUCCUCUCGACCACUCACCUUCAUGGUUCCAACCCACACUGAUGUCACUGACUCUGGCAAAGACACCAUAAUUUCAGAACAAGAUGAUCUUUUUCAUGACUCACUAGACAAGGAAGAUGAGCCACCUCCACCUCAACUGCACUCCCCCGCGAUAGCCGAUAUGAUAAGUCUGGAAACGGAGAUUAAUCGGGAAGAUAAAGGAAAGCACCACGACAGUGACCAGGAUGAGGAUUCACUGGACGGUUAUGAGGAACCUGAGGAGGAAGAGGUUUCCACACAAGAACAAUCAACAGAUGCAACAACUAAAGUCACCGAUCAUUUUUUAGAUGAUAGCGACUCAGUGACAGCCGCUGUAAUUCCAAAGCCGAUUUCAGCGUUGUCCCGAAUGGUGGAAAGUCUCUCUUCCUCCCCAGGAAAGACAGAGGCUGGUGCUGAGUCGAGAUCAGAUAAACAAACAGAACGUCAUGAAAUCAAAUAUGAAACAUUCGAGAAUUUUGGAGCCCAAACCAAUAGACCUGUUGAAAUUAAAUUUGAUCACUUUGGGGCAUCAACUACUGUUGUAAAAGCUUCACAGCGUGAGGAAAAUCAACCCAUGGAAAUCAAAUUCGAUCAUUUCAAGUCUGAACCUAUCCAUCAUGAGGAUCAGAAAGAAGAAGAAACUGGAAGAAUGAGAACGGAAAGUGAAUGUGACUCCCUGUGUCACGAUGACAACUCGAGCCUUGAUAGUUUCACAACAGUUGUCCCUGCUAAUGAGGAGGGCCAAGAAGAUGGCGACAGAAUGGAUGAUUUUGCAUCAAUGACGUCCUCAUUUCAUUCUGACAUCAUGGGUAUGAAUCUUGAUGAUGAUAUUGCUAAAGACCUAGAGGGUCCUUUGAUAGACUGGGGACCAGAGGAUGUGUAUGGGGGUAAAGGUCAGGAAUCGGAGAAGACCACACCCCUCGUUGAACUUUCUCCUGAUAGUAUGCUGCCGUGUGGCGAUAAGGAAUAUAAACCACCAACAACCACGCCUACAGCUGCGACUUCCUGCCCAAUCUCCAUACAAACUGGUAAAAAGGUAAAGGGACAUGACCCAGAUAUGGUGGAAUGGGCUGAUAAAGUACGUUCUAAACAAGACUGGGAACACAGGCACUCAGACUUGCGAUACAAGGGUGAAAAGGAGGAGGACGAUUUGGAUGGACCACUUAUUGACUGGAGGAAUCAGGAGGAGGAUUUAAGUUCUUCAGAGAAUGAAAGAUACGAAUUCAUUGAUAAGAAUGCACUCUCUGUAAUCACAGAGCUGUCAGAGGAAGAUCGUUUUGAAAUAUUAGAAAAGACCGAUUUGGAAUCUGAGACAUCAGAUAGACAUUACAGUUCGCCUGACAUGCCAAUGCCUAGCCCUGGUCUGGGAGGCUUUAAAUUACUUAGUCGAAGUGCAGAUCGGGACGAUAUAUCUGUCACAUCCUCAUUGCUGGAAUUCGAAAAACUUGAAAGACAAAUUGGACAAUCCGGAUCUGCCAGUUCAUUGGAAGGCAAGGAAAGCCUUUCAAGCUCUAUGGACGAUAAACAAUUCAUGUACAACAAAAGCGCAGAACGAGAUGACAUAUCUGUGACAUCAUCGCUUGCUGAAUUUGAACGAUUAGAGCAUGAUAUUGGCCAAUCGAGUUCUGCCGGAUCAGUAGAUAAAAUCACUCCUCCUGAUAGCAAAAGCAGUGAUAUAUCUGGAUCUAAAUCAUCACUAGGGGGACUUGAAAGACUAGAAAAAGAUUUCCAAGAUGAUCGACGAGGAUCAACAGAUAGUUUUACACGUCGUAGCGAAACUUCAUCUUUGGCUUCACUUAAUGAUUUUGAGAGACUAGAGCAAGAAAUGGCUAUGGCACAAGAAUUAGAGGCAGAAGCACAGAAGAUUGUGUCAAUUCUAGAAUCUGGCACAUUACCCCAACAAAGUGCCUCUGGAGCCUUCAUACACAAGCAGUCUCCGACUACAGCUGUUAAAAAAGAUAUGGAUCAGGAUUCGGUUGAUGGUCGAGAUGACCUGGAGGACUCGUUAAGUGAAGACACAAAGAAACGAACAUCUAAGGAGGAUGAGAUUGAGGCAGCAGAGGUGGACUCAUUGGACGGGGAUUUGUCAGAGUUGACCUCAAUGACAUCCAGCGUGAUAUUUGCACACAAAGAGCCAUGUGAUGCCGAUUCCCUCCAUGAGACAGAUGGCGUAAUGAAAAUUUCCUCAGACUCUCUCGGUGAACAGUUAGGUGUUAAGACAAAAGAAUUUGACACAGACUCACUCCAAGACCAGGAUGGGAUCAUGGAACGUUCUAGUGAUUCUCUUGAGCUCAAGUCUUCUGACAACAAGUCAGACUCAUUAUUCAUUCCAGACGACAUAAUGCAAACUUCAGCUGACUCGCUUCAUCUUCCUGAUGAUGCCAUGCAGACAUCUAUCACAUCCGUUGAUUCUUUACAUGGUGUACCAGACAUCAUGCAAACGUCCAUUGACUCGCUUGGUGGACUUGAUGAUAUCAUGCAGACAUCCACUGAUUCUGUACCAGGGCGGGAGGAUGUCAUGCAAACAUCAGCUGAUUCCCUCGAAUCCAUGGAUAUGCACUAUGGCGGGAAGGAUAGUGGGUUGGAAUGCUCUAUGUGGAGUGUGAACAGUUCAAAUUUCUCGCGGUCAUCAGCGGAGACUAUGAGGUCUGUAGGCUCUUCAAGGAGUGAAUCAGGAAAUAUAGACAUCAUGCAAGUAUCAAAUGAAUCAUGGGAAAACAAAGGUAAAAAGUAUAUAAUGGAUAAUUACCAUAGUUACCGAACCACUGGUGCGGGAGCUAGCCCCUUCAUAGACUAUCAAAAUAACCUACAUUCUGAAUUAACAAGCUUUCACAUUGAAGACAAUUACCAGUUUGGUUCAAACAUUGAGGAUUUUGAGCAGGAAGGAAAAUCAAAACCUUUCCUUGCAUCUGGUCCAUAUGAGGAAAAGAAAAAAAUAUUCACUAUGGCAGAAUGGGAAGCUAUGAAAAAGAAAAAGAAAUCACCAAGUAGUGAGGAGGAGGAAGAUGAGGAGAAAUCCCCAGAGGAAGAUAGCAAGAGCAAUCCUAAUAUUGAGCACAGUCAGCCUGUUCCAAUCCAACAAUCCUCAAAAACUACCCACCAGUUCUCUGAACACAGCAGCAGCCAGUUUUCUUCAUCCUCGUCAGUCGAAACAAUAAUGAGUCGGUCCUUUCUGUCCCAAACUCCCACCCAAUCUGGCCUGACCUUCACAUCCCACCAAGCCACAAGGUCAAUGUCGUCUGCAUCCUCAAGCAUGGAAACAACUACUAACAGAGGUAUUGAGAGACGUGAAGAUAUGGCAUCUGCCACUACAGCUUCAUCAGAAAGAGUUGAUCCCCGACGUGUAGCAUCAAUUGAUGAUGAUGACUUUGCGGAAUAUGAUGUCACAGAACACAAGGAAUUGUCCCUAGGGAUACCUGAGCGGUUCGUGCCCGUAGCUCAGAGAAGUGGUCCGAUAUAUUAUGAACCAGGAGAUGAAGACCAAGAUUCUGAGGAAGAUGAAGUUCUCGACUUCACAACACCCAAACAUCUUGGUCACUCAGAAGACCCAGAAACCCAAGGAGCCGAAGGAGCUGAUGAGGGGUCAGCCAGGCUGUACAUGAAGAAACAGAUUCACACUAAGACAGUGAUGAAGGAUGGACAGGAACAGACAUUUGUCACGGAGGAAUCGCGAGUCCAACAGGACAACGAACCCCCAGAGGAGCUCCGCGACAGCAUGCGACAAAUUAUCGACCAGUUCAUGGAACAUGGAGGUGAAAAGGAGCCUACCUCCAAAGCCCUUGAACACGACGUGUAAUAACACAUUUUCAAGAACAUUGAACAGUCAUCAAAGCUCCAUGAGAUCAUCUACAUAAGGCUUAACUUUUCGCAAAAUGACAUUUAUGCCUGGUUUGCAUUUUCGCACACAAAUGAAUUUUGUUAAAGCUUACCUUAACGGUUCAUGAAAAAAAAAGUGCAGAUUAAUUUUUGGAAACAUGUUUGAAACUAAUGUAUAAAGCAUAUUUGUAAGAGUUUGUUUCAAUGUGAAUGGUUCAAGGGAAGAAAUCAAGAAGUCAAUAUUCUUGGCUUUAUGAACGAUUAUAAUGCUUGCUAUGUAGUUGAUGAUGUUGAGCCUUAGCUCUAUAUUUGAUUGCAUUUGGAAAAAGAAAUGUAAUAAGAAUGUCAUGUUUAUGUUCCCAUUAUAAAAGUAGGAAAUCAGUUUGUGGAAAUUUCACCCGUCUAUGUCCAAAUGAAUGAGGACACGCUGUACAUGUGCCCUCAGUGAUCUGGUAUGACAUUUAGGAGAGGAAGAUCAUGGAUCUGUAUAUUUUUAAUUUCAUUAAUUCACCAUGCUUUCCAAAUAUGUAUAAUUGUAGAAUACUACUGUUUGCAUGAACUGUUGCAGUACUUAAGUACUCAUAUUUACAGUUUUGAGAGUUUGGGAGCCUUGCUGUCCUUAAUUAGCUCCUUUAUCAUGUUUGUUAAUGGUUUACAUAUUUUGUCUACAAUGAAUGCCAAGCUUCAUUGAUAAUUUAUAUCUACAUUUUAUGUACAGGUCUUCGUUUGUUCUCAUUUAAAUUCACGUUUUCUGUUUAUUAAGAAAUUUUCAUAUUUUUGUUUUAUGUAUCCUAGAAAUGGAAAUGAGACUCGUAUAUACACAGACUUAACAUUAAGAAUACCACCAUUAAUUAAGGACCCCAAUCAAAUAAACCAUGUGCUUUCAGGUAACAUGAAUAUCUCCUUUGUGGUUCUUCCAUAAACCAAUAGAUUUCGUUAUAUUCAAGAGUGGAUACCCCGGCACUGACUUACCGACAAGGAUAGAAUGUGUAGGAAUGAUUGGAUAGCAUUUACAAUGUUGCUAACAUGUGUGUGAACUGAUCAGCAUUUUGUGCAAUGAACUAGAACUGGCCCUCUAGUUCAUAUGGACAAAAUCUGUUGGCAAACAAGUGAACAUUGGAGUGAGAUUACUUUCAAAUCUGUGUGAUUAUAUGAAUUAAUGAGCAAAUAAUCUCAAGGGAGACAACUUGAUCAUGAAGGGAGAUAACUUACUAAAUAAGGUCAAAGGUAGAAUGUGCAUGGAUUAUUUCAAAUGAGAUUUUAGGAAAGAAAAGUAAGUCAAUCAUUGAUUAAUGAAUUAUGAUUGAAUCUUUUCUGAUGUUUUUUCUUCGUGUGGCAUGCUCACGUUGUACUUAGAUCAAAUUUGACUUACUACAAUGUACUUAAAUUGAUAUGAUUAAUAUAUAUCGUAAACCAAAAUAAUAUGAUUUUCUGGAGAAAUGUUUGCUCUGGUAUGGUAUAGAUUAAUGAUUGUAUUUAUGAUGCAAAGAUGCAAAGUCUGUAAUUUUUUGUAUGUUUGAAUAUCUGCUAAUUUCCACAUCACAUGAACAAUAAUCUUGGAAAAUUGGUUGAGAAAAUAUGAAAGAUUUGUGCUGUUUAUGUAUAGCUAGGUCUCUAAAUUGAAAUAAUUCCAGACUUUGCAUCAAUUGAAACAUACAGAUGAAAUUUUUAAAAUUGAGAAAAAUGAAUAUGAUGAAAUUAAAGGGAAUUGAUUUUUAUGAUUGAUUAAUGUACUCCCUCCUGAUGAGAUAUGUAAUAGAUACCUAUAUAUUUGUGCAUCUCUCUACUUCCCUCUGUAGGUCCAUGUUUGUACCCUUGUAUAGCCGCAUAUUUGAAAUAAAAAGCUUCAUUACACAUUC